AAAUUAACGACUUUGUUAUUAAACAACCCCAGGCAUUCAAGAUCAGCUGCGUCUUUUCUUUUUCUUCCCGCACUUUGUUCACCAUUAAGCCUUUGCCCUGCAAACAUUCUAGUCAGGCUUUAUCAAGGCGGACUCUGCGUCCUGAUCCGCAGGCUCCUCCCUUUCCUUCCUUUGCUAGUAGUGUGAGACCCUGUGGCUGUCAUUGGUGAAGGACCCGCACCAUGUUACAGGGACGGUUGUUCGCUCGCUACCUCUUGCAGCAGAAUGGAGUAAGACAUUGCUCCUACACAGCAUCUAGAAAACACCUAUAUAUUAAUAAAGACACUAAGGUCAUAUGCCAGGGUUUCACAGGAAAGCAGGGCACAUUUCAUAGUCAACAGGCUUUGGAAUAUGGCACCAAGUUAGUUGGUGGGGUCUCGCCAGGCAAAGGUGGGAAAACCCAUCUAGGCCUUCCUGUCUUCAACUCUGUGGCUGAGGCCAAAGAAGCAACAGGUGCCUCAGCUUCAGUAAUUUAUGUGCCGCCUCCUUUUGCUGGUGCUGCUAUUCAUGAAGCUAUUGAUGCUGAAGUCCCCCUGGUGGUAUGCAUUACGGAAGGAAUCCCCCAACAGGACAUGGUAAAGGUUAAACACAGACUUCUUCGCCAAUCGACAACUCGACUAAUUGGACCUAACUGUCCUGGAGUAAUCAAUCCUGGAGAAUGUAAAAUUGGAAUCAUGCCAGGUCAUAUUCACAAAAAAGGAAGAAUUGGUAUUGUGUCAAGAUCUGGAACUCUGACAUAUGAAGCUGUACAUCAGACGACACAAGUAGGAUUGGGCCAGUCGCUUUGUGUCGGUAUGCCCCCAUGCCAUUAUGUAACAACAAACCAAAAUUGUAUUAUUUGGUUAGAAUGUCAAAAUAAGUUCAGUGUAGGCACAAAUAAGGAUUGGCAGUGCUACUAA